AAGUCAGCGGGCCGCUCCGGGCCGAGAGCGCAGCCUCCGAGAAGACGAGAGCGAGUAGCCCGGGGGACGCCAAGCGCGCUCGGGAGCCGCCACCGUCGCCCUCCGCGCUCUCCAUUUCCGGGAAGGCCGCCAUGGCGGCGGCCGCCGCCGCAUCCCUGGAAGACGGGCUGGAGGUCCGCCAGCCAGCCUCCAAACAGGAACCUGUUGUGGAAACUGCAGAAGAAGCCACAGAGCCAGCAGAAGCUGAUAUUAAUGAACUUUGUACGGAAAUGUUUACUAAAAUGGCUAUCUACUUAACAGGCGAACUGACUGCAACUAGUGAAGAUUACAAACUCCUGGAAAACAUGAACAAACUAACUAGUUUGAAGUAUCUGGAAAUGAAAGACAUUGCUAUAAACAUAAGUCGGAAUUUGAAAGACUUAAAUCAGAAAUAUGCUGCACUUCAGCCAUACCUGGAACAAAUCAAUCAGAUUGAAGAGCAAGUUGCAGCUUUGGAACAGGCUGCCUACAAGCUGGAUGCAUAUUCCAAGAAACUCGAAGCAAAGUACAAAAAAUUGGAAAAGCGAUGAAAGAAGGCUCUUAAACAUCUUCUAGAUUACAUGAGUUUUUUCCAGGAAGCCAAACCCAAGAUUUCUGCUAUUGAACUUCUGAAACAGAAUUUAUGCCUCAGCAAUGCAUUUGGACUAGAAUAACCUAAGAACUUUCAAAAGUAGCAGAGGCUACACAAGUCUAAGAAUAAAUUACUUUUGUUCUUGUAGAAUCUAUUCCCUUUUUACUAUUUUGAUAUUUAUUUUACUGAACAUAGAAGUCUCUCUUAACUACUUCAGUUCUUUAUGUAAGUAACACUUUUCUCUCGGCUUAGGUAUGAAGCAAGAAAUUGGUCACUUCUGCACUCUAUAAAUCCUUUCACUUGUUAAUCAAGAUUUGUUGCCUCCUGAUUGCCAUUAAAAUACCAUUGCUUUGCUAAAAA